UCCCGUCCCCUUCCUCCUGCCUCUCGCCCUUCCCUUCCUCCUCCUUCCCUACAUCCCCGUUUUCCUCCUCCCCUCUGUCGCCCGCCCACUUCCCCGUGUCUCCAUUCUCCUCUUCCUCCACAUCGUCCCAUUAUUCAUCCCAAUAUUCGUCCCAUCUCUCUUCCACUUUCCCUCCCCUCGUCACAUCUCUCCUAUCCCCGGCCCCUUCCUCCUCACCUGCCACCUUCCCUGCCUCCUCCUCCUCCUUCACCCCCUCCUCCAUGUCCCGCUCCUUCCUGCCCAACGCCUCUCUCACGGGUUACCAGUCGUCCCGCUUCCACCCCAACUUCCCUCUUCCCACGGGAGCAGCUGCAGCUGCUGCUGCAGCCACUGCUGCGGUUGCGGUGGCUGCUGGGUCAUCGCACAUUCCCUUGCGUGCCGUGGAUGUGCGUAUGGACGUCGACCCGGUUAUCCUCCAUCCCACUGCUGCUGCUGCCAGCGCUCCUGCAACUGUCGCGCUUGGUGCUGCCGCUGAAGUUGGUACUGCUGCUGUUGCUGCUGCUGUGCCGCCUCCUGUAGUUGCAGGGGUGGAGUCUGCUCCUUCCGGCGCUGGUAUCUCCUCGCUGCCUCGCCUAUACCCAUCCUCCUCCUGCCUCGCUGCCUCUCUUCCUUCGCUCACACCACCAGCCAUCACCCCAUCCCUCCCGCUCUCUCAACUGCUGCACGCAGUUCUACCAGCUAUGACGCCACCAGUCACAGUACCCGGAGCCACAGCUGCAGCACCUGUGGGGGCUUCUGCUCUUGCUGCUGCAACAGAUGCUGCCGCCGCUGGUGCCACGGCCUCUGCUGCUGCUAUUGGUGAGGGUGCCACUGCCAGUGGUGCUGGUAAGGCGAAUGAGAUCCCCCCUCCAUUCGCAUUCCCGGCCCCUUGCGCUGGCAAGGCACGACACACUGCUAGUGUUUGCUGUGCACCGCUGCUUGAACCUGCUCUGAGGCUUCCAGCCCUGGUGCACAGGGAGGGGGACAUGUGGCGGGGAGCAGGGGAGGAGGGUAAGGAGGGGGAGGGCGGCACGUGGACCGACGUUUGCGCUGUGGUAAAUGCUGAUGGUUUGGGUGGUGAAAAUGGUGGCACUGGUUUGGCUGAUGGGUGUGAGAUGUAUAGUAUGAGUGCGUACCUAGACGCCAUGCUUGAUGCAGCAGGUGAGAUGAGUGGAGAUGGAGGGGUACACGCAGGAGAACAGGUUGCUGUCGACACCCCCAAGGGCGCAUUGGGCAGUGCGGGGCAGUGCGCAGCUGCUGCUGCUGGCCCUACCCACGCUGAUUGUCGCGUCGCUGUUGGUGCGUCCUGUGUGCCGUCUUCAGGUGCAGUGGACAUGGCAGCGGAUGCUGUUACGGAUACGGAUUGUGCUCCAGUGGAUGGACCUAUGCUGGCAGGCGCUGCAGCAGGCAUGGCGAGCCCAAAGAGAAAAGCAGAGGCGGAGGCGGAGGUGGGGGCAGAGAGUGAGGGAGAGGGAGAGGAGGGGAUGCGAGGGCAAGCGAUGCAGGGAGGUGCUGCUGUUGCUGCUGGCGGCACACCAGAGCCUUUCAUGGGGAGAAGUGGAGAUGGUAGCGCUUCUAUGGGCCCUAGCACGGAUGCGUAUGGCAGUGCUACCAGCGGGAGCACGGACGCAGCAGCAGCAGCAGCAGCAGCAGCAGCAGAGGAGGAGGAAACGGAGAUAUCCCUUGAGAUCGCCCAGGCGCUGAGCCACGCAAUGGAGCACGAGCCAGACGAGGAACACGAGCACCUUGGGGCCGACCUGGGCCGCACCCUCUCCCAAGACCUCUCCCACGCGCUCGAGCAUGAGCUGACACACGCGCUUAGCCAGGAGCUAGCCCAUGCACUGGACCACGCGGGUGAUCAUGCGAGCGGGGAGGGGCAUGGGUGGGAGGGUGGGGCGGUGGAGGGUAGUGCGGCUGGAGCUAUCACGGACUGGGCUGGUCUCGGAGCAGGGAUGGGGCUUGGGGACGUGGAUACUUCUCCUGUUGCUGCUGACGCUGCUGAACGUGCUCUCCCUGGUGCCACCGCCUUUUCUGACGCUGGUUUUGCUGCAUCUGGUGCUACCAGUGCUUCUGAACUUGGUGGGUUGGGUGGUAAACGACUGGGAGCAAGCAGGGUGACAGGAGGCGGGAUGGGCGGCACGAGGCGUGGGCCGGGCACGGAAGCUGCUGAAGCCGUUGCUGUUGGGAAGCAAAGGCAGGCGGGGCGGAGGGGAAUGUCAGGAGGAGCGGCAGGAGGUGCGUGUGAAGUGGCUGUGGUGUCUCAGCGUGUGCUGUCCCACCGUGCCAUAGCGUCCCGCGAUGGGUGCUCGCCUGUUCCGGUGGUGGUGGCACAGGAAGGUGAGCAGCACUGGACGUGGGGGAGGAGACGAGGUCGAGCUGGUUCCCGUGCUGCUGCUGUUGCUGCUGCUAGCGCUCCCGCUGCGGCAGCUGGUGAGAAGAGCAGCAGUAGCAGCAACUGCGGCAGUGAGUCACACGGUCAGCAGCCCCUGCAGUGGGCACGGCAGCAGCAGAGUCAGCAGCAUGAGAGGCGUCGUUGCAGGAGGAAGUACAGCCCUGGCGAGCUCGCACCUGCCUCUGCUGCCACCGCCCCCCCUGGCGUCAUAACCCAGCCGCAUACACUCAACCAGAACUACAAACCAUCACCUGCUCAUGUCGCCGCCACCCAACCGCCUCCGAAGCUGUCCCCUUGUGCAUCUGAACCCGUUUCUCCCUGUUUCACUCCUGCUUUUCCUGCCACUGCCACUGCCUCAGCUGCCACUGCUGCCACAGCUGCCACAGCUGCCAAGGCUGCCAUGGGCGCCCAUUCUCCCGAUGGUGGUCUGCUGGACGUGCCUGUGAUGAUGUGCGAUGAGCCGCGCUCCUGGCCGCGCCUCUCCCACCUCCCCCCACUGCAAAUGCACUGUGCACCGCUGCAGAACCCGCAGCACAAGGUGAACCGUGGAUACCAGUCGCCGCCGCAGCAGCAGCAGCAGCAGCAGCAGCAGCAGCAGCAGCAGCCGCAGCAGCAGCCGCAGCAGUACCAGCAGCAGCAGCAAAUGCUGCAGCAAGAGGAGGUGCCUGUUCUGGUGACCCCACCUACCACUGCGACUCCUGCUCCUGCACCUACUCGUGUCCUGCACGGACAGGUGACGAAUGGCGCUCUUACGGGCAGAGCAGCCAGCAGCACGGUGAAGCACACAGCUGCAGGCGUGGUGCAUCUGCUCUCGCUCCCCUCGCCCGCCGCCCUCACUGGGAGGGCAUCUGGGAGGCCAGGGACUGCAACAGCAGGAGUGGCGGCGGCAGGCAGGGCUGGAGGAUUGGGGUCGCCGCCUACAGGACCGUGCAUCCGCGCUGCUGCCCUUCCUCAUACUCACGCUGCUGCUGCUACUGCUGUGGCAGAUGGCCUUUGUGCUGCCGUCUCUGCUGCUGCUGGUGGUAGGGUGUCCCCCCUGCACGCCCGCCGCCCUCCCAUGCUCGUGAUCCCACAAUCAGACACCCUGGGCUGCCAGGAGGAGGACCAAGUGCAGGGGGUGAUGGCAUGGGGAGAGCAAGGGGGCAUUGGAGGAGCUGCAGGAAGAGCAAGGGGCGUGGGGCUGGCAGGUGGGGUAAUUUGCAGGUCUCUCAAUCCGUGCUGUAUGGAUGACUCCCCACCCCUGCCGCCUCUCCGCCACAACCCGGAGGAUGUUUACUCUUCUUGUCUCCCCCUGUCGCCCUGUCCUCCCCCAUCGCACCCGUCGCCCCCUGUGCCCUCCCCGUGGCCUGUCACUCCUUCCCCUGCUACCCAAGUUUCGACUUACAUGGCAGUGGGAGCAGCAGGAGGGGUCACAGGGUGGAAGGAGGGCAGGGGGGGGCACGUGGCUGGUGCUGGGAGGGAAGGAGUUGGGGAGGGUGGCGUGGAGGACGAGUGCGUGGCUGACAUGGGUUACGGGCACUUGGGAGAUCUGAUGGGCGCACAGGAUGACGAGGGCGCGGAGCUGGGCAUGGGCAUGGGCAUAGGCAUGGGCUUGGGGGGGGGAUUUGGCAUGGUUACUGGCAUGGCAGCAACUGAGAGGUUGAGUGGGAUGUUUCGGGGUAAGGUUGAUCCUCGCAUGGUGGGGGGUGGCGUGGGAGGAGGCAGUACGGGCGAGAGCGGAGGGGCGAGUGGAGAGGGGGCGAGUGGAGAGGGGUCGAGUGGUGAGGGCAUGGAUGGUAUGGAUGGCAUGGGCAUGGCGACGGAUGUGGACAUGGAUAUGAGCAUGAUGGAGAUGAUCGGCGUGGCAGAAGGGUGAGGGACCCCGCAUUGCCAUGGAGGUGGGGCGGCGGAGGAAGGAAGGGUGAGGCGGCUUUGCUUCUGCAUUCGUUGGGGUGUUGUUGGUGUUGUGGAUCCGUUGUGGCUGUUGUGGCCAUUGCGGCGGCAUUGGAGCGGAGCGGAGCAGCAUGGGGUGGUUCAAGCCUGCUGUAUGCAGGCAGCAGUGUGGGGGUGGCAGAUGUGUGGGGGGUUGCAGGUGCGCAACACAGUGCUUCGACAGUGUGUGCUUUCGUUUGGCACCUCAAUGUUGGGGGGUGUGAGAUAGAUAACCCAAGAAGGGGAGGGGUUGAGUAGGUUGGGGAGAUACGGCACCUAGGACAGCUGAAACAGGAGGAGGGGAGGAGAUGAGAGGGUCAGGGCCUAUUGCUUCUGAGGAUUAGAGUACAGUAAGCCUCGUUUCAUGCACAUUUGCUGCUGGCUCUGCCCUCUUUUGGUGGUCCAGCCAGCAGACCUUGGUUGGUAGCACUUUGCUCCGAAUGCUCUUGCGACGAGUAAGCAGGCAUGCCCAUCCGUCUGUGCUUGUUGUAGAUAGUAUCUUUUUGAGGCAGCUAAGGACGUUUGGCAAUCAAUCUGGAAUAGGGUCAUCACUGAUCAGUGACACUUCAUAGU